UCAAUUUGCAACUUGAAAAAACGUCGAAAAAUACAUCUUUUGUCGGUUACAAUCAGUAAUAAUUAUUUCAUAAAACAAUGUGAAUUAUAACAUUUUAUUGCUUCACAUUUUUGGUUUUAGUUGUUUUAUAGAAUAUAUUAUAGUUACGCGCAAGACAUUGUUAUAAAUAAAACAGAAUGGAUGAUGAGAAUGAGUACAAAAAGUUGCCGACGGAGGAGAAAUGUGUUCACAAAUUAUGGAAAGCACGAGUUGCUGGAUAUGAAGAAGCUAUGAAGGUCUUUAAUCAGAUUGAUGAUGAGAAGUCACCAGAAUGGAAUAAGUAUCUGGGGCUUAUAAAGAAGUUUGUGACAGACAGCAAUGCUGUGGCCCAAGAAAAAGGUCUGGAAGCUGCAUUGGUAUUUGUUGAGAACUGUGGCCAUGCAGGCAAGACAACAGGAGAAGUGAUGUCUGGUAUUGUAUCUAAAUGCAUUGCCGCUCCCAAGACUAAGACAAAAGAUCUUGCUUUACAGAUCACUUUGAUGUAUGUUGAAAUAGAGAAACAUGAAAUAGUGGAAGAGGAAUUACUCAAAGGGAUGGAACAAAAGAAUCCCAAGGUGGUAGCGGCCUGUGUUGUUGCUUUGAAUACUGCACUUAAACAGUUUGGCAAUAAGGUUAUAACUAUCAAGCCCAUGGUGAAGAAAAUAUCAGUGUUGCUUGCUGACAGGGAUAAAACAGUCCGUGAUGAGAUGAAAGCACUUGUUGUUGAAAUGCAUAGGUGGAUUGGUCCAGCGAUUGAGCCACAUAUAGCUUCACUUCAAGCUGUAGUGCAACAGGAGUUGAGAGAGGCAUUCGCAGGCAUUGGUGGCUCCGCUCAUCCCACCAGAUAUCUUCGCUCGCAACAGCACCGCGUGAGGGACACGCCAGUCAGUGAUGCUGUGGAUGGAGAUGGUGAAGAUGACGACGCUGAAGCGGGUGGUGGAGACUCAGGGGAAUUAGACCCUUAUGACAUGAUGGACCCAGUGGAAAUAUUGUCCAAGUUGCCCAAAGACUUCUACGAAAACCUGGAGUCAAAGAAGUGGCAAGUGAGAAAACAAUCGCUUGAUGCACUGGAGAAUAUUCUGAAAACAGCUGUAAAGUUGGAACCUGGUGAUUAUGCUGAUCUCAUUCGAGCUUUGAAGAAGGUUAUAACAAAAGAUGCCAACGUUAUUCUCGUGGCUCUGAGCGUCAAACUAAUGGGGCAGGUGGCAAGGGGUCUCAGAAAUAAGUUCCAGCCAUAUGCUGUAUCCUGCAUACAGGCUCUUCUGGAGAAAUUCAAGGAGAAGAAACCUACUGUUGUAACAGCACUCAGGGAAGCAAUUGAUGCUAUAUAUCCAUGUACAAAUCCAGAAGCGAUAAUGGAGGAUAUGAUAGCCGCUUUCGAGAAUAAGAAUCCCUCUAUCAAAGCAGAGAGCGCUUCGUUCCUGGCCAGAGCAUUGUGUGUCACACAACCAGCAGCCUUCAACAAGAAACUUAUCAAGGCUUAUGUUCCAAGUCUCCUUAAACUACUUGAGAGUGCAGACCCUGCCGUACGUGACGCCGCAUCGGAGGCGCUCGGCACCGCAACUAAACUGGUCGGAGAGAAGAAUAUAGCGCCGCAUAUCGGGAAACUAGACAAUCUUAAGGAGCAGAAAAUAAAGGAGUUCGCUGAUAAGGCUGAAAUAAAAGUGAAAAUAUCGGCACCGAAGAAAGAAGUGAAGCCGAAGGGCGCAGCCACUGGCAAGGGUGACUCGAAGCCCAGUGCCGGCUCUACAGCCCCCAAACCCGUCAAGCGACCACAAGCAAAGAAAGUAGUAGGCAGUGCAAAGAAAGCGCCAAAAAGUGCCCAAGCCAGUCCACCUCGGGAACAGGAGCUGUCUUCGGAGGAAGUGGAUGCUAGGGCAGAGGGGCUCUUCCCCGAGGAUGUUGUGAAAGGACUAACGGAUGGCAAUUGGAAGACUCGUCUGCAAUCUGUUCAGUCGUUCCACUCCACAAUCCAGGGUUUGACUAUGGAAGAUACCUCAGCGCAGGUCCUUUACCGUGUCCUCAAUAAGAAGCCAGGUCUGAAGGACACCAAUGUGCAAGUGCUGAAGGCCAGGCUAGAAGCAUGCAAGUACAUCACUGAAAACUUCCCCAUCUCAACUACGGCAGCGAGCUUCGUGCUUCAAGACGUGGUGACCAAGCUCGGUGAAGCGUCCUGUGCCGCCGUAUCCGCUGAUUGUCUCUCCAGCAUCGCCGAGGGUUGUGGCCUGGAGUAUGUGGUCAAUGAGGGGUUGGCCUUCGCCAUGGACGUACAGAAGAACCCCAAAGUGCAGUCCGAGAUGUUCAACUGGACUGCUACAGCAAUUCGCGAGUUUGGUUUCUCUAUGAGCGUGAAGUCUAUAGUAGCGCACAGUAAGAAGGCUCUGGCAGCCACCAACCCAAACGUCCGCGGCUCCACCGUCACGUUCCUGGGGGUGCUGUCUCUGUACGUGGGGCCUUCGCUCAUCAGCCACUUCGACGGGGAGAAGGCGGCCACCAAACAACUCAUCAGCUCCGAGAUAGACAAGCACGCGAACAGUUCCCCGCCCACCCCCAGCAGACAGAUGGGGCGUGUCACUAAGUCGGCGAGCAAAGCGUCCGUCGUGGACGAGAUAUCGGAGGGUGGUGAAGACCUCCCCGACGAGGAACCAGAGAGAGAGCAGGAGAGAGAGAAGCAGAGGACGGACCUGGCGCCGCUCAUCACCGACACGCUCGUCGGUGAACUCAACGAUAAGAACUGGAAGGUGCGAAACGAAGCGUUAGACAAACUAAAGGCGAUCAUCACAAACUCGUCGCCAAUCAAGUCGAGCCUGGGCGAGUUGCCGCAGUCGUUGGUAGCGCGCCUCAUCGACUCCAACACCAAGCUGGCUCAGAGCGCGCUUCAAAUAUGCGAGAUGCUCGCCGCUGCAAUGGGGCCCAAGUGUAAACAUCACGUGCGGACCUUCUUCCCGGCAUUCUUCCAAGCUUUCGGCGACAACAAGCAAUGGAUUCGUAGUGCAGCCAUAUCGUGUGUGGAUGCGUGGUGUCGCGAGGCGGGAGCCGGCGCGGCCUUCGACGGAGAGAUGAUCCACGACGCGCUCAAGACCGGGUCACCCGUCCUGCGAGCGGCUCUGUUCCAGUGGCUGGCCGACAAACUGCCCGACGUGGCGGCGCGGUCGUUCCCGCGUGAGGAGCUGGCCGUGUGCGUGCCGCUGCUGUUCGCGUGCCUGGAGGAGCGCGGCGCCGACGUGCGGCGCGCGGCCAACGAGUGCGUGCUGCCCUUCAUGCUGCACCUGACCUACGAGGCCAUGCACAAGCAGCUGGACAAGCUGAAGCCCGGAUCAAAAACAGUGGUGCUAGCAGCGUUGGACAAGGCCCGUCCCAAUCUCCCUGUAACGCCACUGCCCACCAAGGCAAAGAAAGAGGAACCCAGAGCAAAGUCUGCUGGUGCGCAGAAGAAAGAACCCGAGAAGAAAGCAGCGCCGGCCAAACCAAAGGGCCUCGUGAAGCCAAUGUCGGCGGGGCGCGGCAAGAAGGAAGACGAAGAUCUGACUCCGCUUCUGCCCAAUAAUACGGCCAAGAACCAGCGAAUUGUUGAUGAUCAGAAGUUGAAAGUACUGAAGUGGAACUUCACAACACCUCGCGAGGAGUUCUUUGAAUUACUCAAGGAUCAAAUGAACAGUGCCGGCCUUAACAAGCAGCUCAUGGCGAACAUGUUCCACAGUGAUUUCAGAUAUCACCUGAAAGCAAUCGAAUCACUAUCAGAAGACUUACACGACAACGGGCCAGCUCUGGCGGCUAAUUUGGAUCUAGUACUCAAGUGGCUGACCUUGCGUUUCUUCGACACCAACCCCUCCGUGAUACUCAAGGGCUUGGAGUACCUUUCCCAGGUGUUCCAAUACCUCAUUGAAAGUGACUACACCAUGGCCGAGUAUGAAGCUAACUGCUUCAUACCAUAUCUGGUGUUGAAGGUAGGAGAUCCAAAGGAUACAGUGAGGAACGGUGUGAAGGCACUGUUCAAGCAGAUUGGUGUGGUGUACUCUGUCACCAAGCUGUGUGGUUAUUUGAUGGAGGGACUCAAGUCUAAGAAUGCCAGACAGAGAGCAGAAUGCCUGGACUGCAUCAACCACCUGAUGGAGACGCACGGGUCGGCGGUGAUGGCCGGAGGCGGCGUGAGCUCCGGCGCCGCGCUCAAGGAGCUGGCGCGACACAUCGGGGACCGAGACAACGCCGUGCGCUCGGCCGCGCUCAACUGUCUGGCCAGCGCGUACUUCCUGGACGGAGAGAAGAUCUACCGCAGCAUCGGACAGUUGUCAGACAAGGAUCUAUCACUGCUGGAGGAACGUAUCAAGCGUGCGGGCAAGACUCGCAGCGCGGAGGCGCGUCGGGCGAUGGUGGUGCCUCUGUCGGCGACCGGGCGUCCGGUGUACCAGCUCCCUGUUGAGGAGCCAGAGCGAGUGAUCACAGUGGACACAACACCAGGUGAAGAAUAUGAAGAUGAAGAGCCAGAUGAGCAACCGCCUGUGCCUAUACCCGUUGAUCAUCAACCGACGGCAGCAAGUCCAGAGUCAAAGGUGGUGCGUGGACCAUUUGGACUGGACCCAGAGCUGAUUGCCCAGUUGGAUGCAGCGGCACCCGUCCGCAGGGCCCCGGAAAUUUCCAAAUUAGACAUUGAAUUCCUCGAGGAGCCGGUCAAAACUCCGAGAGCUACAAAAACUAAUCCGUGCCCCAGCGUGGUCCAGUCUCCUCCGCGCGGGAUGCCGGCGGCCCCGGGCCCCGCGCCGGCGCCCCCGGGCCCCGCGCCGCUCGGAGACUCGCAACUGGCCGACACCAUACACACUAUCGCCAGUCCGGACUUGAAUGCCGCUAUUAGAGCCCUGCACCAGAUAUCAGUAGCGAUACAGUCGGGCCGCAGCGCAGCCCUGGCGUCACACGAGGCCCUGUUGGUAUCCGCAGUGAGCACACAAUUCCGCAGACUGCGUACGUCACCCACCAACCCUCAGACGUUUGCCGCCUACAAGUACUUGGUCGGAGUGUUGAAUACGUUGUACGAGACUGCUGGUUGCGGGUACCAGGUGGGCGAGGCGGCCCUGGUCGCGCUGCUCAGCGAGCUGCUGCUGGUGUUGGUGUCGACGGCGGACGGCGGCGACGACCGCCUCGUGCGCGUUCUCAACAACGUAUGCGUGCGCGUGCUCGAGAACUCGCCCCGGACUGCGUUAUUAUGCGCUCUAGUAUCGCUCCUUCACGAUUCGAUAGCAGACACGAACCCUCAAUACCCACGGUUCCAGGACCUCCUGCUGAAGUGCUUCUGGAAGACCCUGAAGAUGAUAACAUCCUGGGAAGUUAACUCCAUUGACUACGAUUCUGUGUUGUAUAAAAUACAUCUAUUCUACAAAGCGUACCCCAAUAGCUACUGGAAGAAGAAUACUGACAUGAGUGAUACACCUUACAGAACGGUGAAGACGCUGGUGCACACUCUUGUGAAGUCGAAAGGCAGCUCAAUCACCAACCACCUUACUCAGAUACCAGACAUUAAUGAGUCCGACUUGUAUCCCUAUUUACAUAAAGUGUUGAAGCAAUUGAAACUGGAUGACAAGAAAGAGGUUGACACCGGCAACACCCUCGCAGUGAACGUGAGUCCCAACAAGGCGCUGAGUGCGGGCCGACUGCCGCGCCACGUGCACGAGGAGCUGGCGCACAUCCUGAAGAGGAUCGGCUCGCAGGAGCACAAGAAGGAGGCUCUCAGUCAGCUGUACGACCUGCGGGAACGUCACCCCGACGUGGACAUUUGGACGUAUAUGACGAACUCGUCGUUCUACUUCCGCAACUUCGUGGAGCGAGGGCUGUCGGAGGUCGCGGAGCAACGCACACAGCACACGCGCUCCAUCUACAAGCCGAACAUGAAGACCCAACACAUCGACAUGGACAACGAAACGGACGAGAAUAAUACACACCUCGUGUUCCUGGAGAAACUCAGAGCUUUGCAGGCUAAGGCCGGCCUUAAGAUAGAAUCAAGCACGUCCCCGUCAUCUCACACGCCCACCGCGGACAACAGGACCCUGGCCGACUCCAACGACAACGCCCUGCCGCGACCACACAGCAUCGACCCGCAACUAGAGGUUCACACAUCACCAAACGCAUCUAGGAACGGUGACGACGUGUACGCUCUACGAAUGAAACUGCAAAAACUCAAGACAUUAUCCAGUAAUUUAAGGACGACUGAUAGUUAGACUGUCUCGCUCACACCUACCAUCGGACUAAAGUUCCAUCUAACUCGGAUAAUGGACUGUUAACGUCCCUCACCGGAACAUCCGAUGUACGUGUUCUCUAACGAAUUGUAUUUUAAUAGGAGUCAAGUAUUAGGAUUCGAUAUUUAAAAAUUUCGCCAAAAGAAAAUGGCGGAUAAUGGACCUACAGACUUGUGUCUUAUGAGACGAAGAAUAGAAAUAGUGAGAUAGUUUGAUAUUGAGUUGAUGUGAAGUUCUAUAGCGUUGUUUUUAUGGCGUUAUGUUUUAAAUCUUUUGAAUUAUCAAAAUAACAUUAAACAUUGAUUUAAAUAUACAACAAUAAUGGCUUAACAUUUAAAAUUUACCGGACAAACAAAUAUGUAGCUAGGAUUUUAUAUAAAAUAUAAAAAAGUAAAUUAUAACAGAUACAUUUCAUCCAUAUAGCUAUGCAUUUCUAUACUGAUAUUAAUUGUUAACUAUCUCGUUAUCCCCAUAAUUUCUUUUCUAUGAAAUUUAAAUUAAAGUGAGAUUUUUACUAGUUAUAGAAUAGCGUAACAACGCCUGCAAUUUGGUGUUUUAUCUCUUAUUGUAUUUGUGUUUGUUUGUUCCUAAAAGUUAGUAUCACUUGCGUCCGUGACUGACGGUCGCUCGGCUCGUCAAAUAUUUGAAAAUGUCAAGCGCCCCUGGCGGCAAAACGUGAAACUAAAUUGAGUGAGAAAAUAACGUAGUAGCUAAGAAAACAUAUAAAUCUCGUUUAGACUUCUUAUUCUUUUUAGUCGAAAAACCGUUAUUUCUUUUGUGUUUCAAAUUAAUUUUAUCAAAUAUUAUAUAGUUGUAAGUAGUCGUCGAUAAGAAACGUUGUGUGUGUUGAAAUUUUUACGAGCGACCAGUUAACAGUUUUGUUCAAUAAGCGAUGCUCGUAAUAACUUGCGUGUCAAAUAAAUGUUACGUUAACUUGAAUUGAAAUUAAAAAAAAAUAUAUAAUAUUUGCUAUUGUAGAUUGAAAUUUUUGACCUUUCCCAUAUAGAACGUCUUCCUUUUUAGCUUUUCUUUCUCUACUGUAUAAAGUUUUAAUUAGUAUUAGUAACGGACCUGACAGUACUUUCUUGCACGGAUGUUGUUUAAAUGAAAUACGAAAGCAAAUAAAGAAGAGUUUCAAGGACCUAUUUAAAUUAACACAAAUUUUCAUCAGGACGUGUUGUGUGUGCAAUACCACUGAAAAAAUAUACGUACAUUUAAAUGUAUUGCAUUGCGAAAUUGACUGCGAUUUACAUGUUUUCUGAAUUUGAUGUACGCUCGUACGAUUACUGUUACUUUACUAGUCCAAGUUUCGCUGGCGAAUUGACAUUUAAAAGAUUUGGUGCUCACGUUUUGUGUAACAAUUUAACAAAUAUUUUCUACUAUGAGUAAGCUCUAUAUAUUUUUUCGUCUCAAUAUGUCUUUGUCUCGAAUACUAAAAGUGAUGAGCAAAUAUGGCGGUCAAUUAAUCACUAAUUUUAGUAUACGAAGUUAUAUACAGCGUCGAUUAUUGAACACAGUAGAUAUAUUAUCAUGACAAUAUAGUGUAGUAACGCCAGCGGGGUACAUUGGCGUGUUAUGGAGUGUUGUGUUUCUUGCCAUAAUACAUUAUUGGCGUGUUAUUGGUGUGGUGUUAUAUGACUGUUUAAUAGAGUAUUGUUGUCUAUGGAUGUCUGGCGGCCAUCUUGGAUACUAUACACUUGUAUACUUUGGUCGCGAAGCACAAUAUUAUUUUUAUUUUGUCUUAUACGUUUUCUCUCGCAGACGUACAAUACCUACUCGCUCUCAAAUGCCGAACAACAUCGUUAGUAACUUUAGAUAAUAUGUAGUAUUUGGCAGUUGAGACUAAGGUUAAUGUACGGAAUUCGUUGUGCUGCGUAACUUGAGUAUAUAAUUGAAAUAAAAGGCAUCAAUAUUUGCCCUUCAAACAGUGGGCGAAGAAUUCAAAAUAUUUGAUCGCGUCUUUAAAGUUGCAACCAAUUAAAUGCUUUUCAGAUAAUGAGGUAUGUAGGCAGUGAAAUCUUUAGUAGUAAUUAAAAUUGAACAAAAAACGUCCAUAGUACUCAAUGGUUAGAUUUGGCAAUAAUUUGCAUUAUAAAUAUCAAUGGUCACUUAGUGCUAUAAAUAUUUAAUAAACGGUCAUUAUUCUUAUCUUUAUUUAAAACAAUAGAAGUAACUAAGAUGCCCCAUAUUAUAUAUUUGAUACAAAUGUUGUUUCUCAUGAAUGUAAUUGGAAUUGCACUUGAUUAGAGCCGCCGUUAGAUAAUUCUGAGAGUAGGCUGUAGUGUUAUUGUGUGUAUUUAUUAUGAUCUUCAUCAUUGUAGUCAUUGUUAUAGUGAAAACAUUUUUUUUUAAAUAAUAAUUUGUAACGAGAUCAUAGAGUAGCUGUUUUUUUAACGUUACACAGUCAUACUGAAUAUUUUCAAGUAAUUUGUAAAUGAUUAUGAAUGUAAAUUUGCAUAUAGUAUCAUAAAAGUAUCUUAUAUUAUAUUUGAUAGUCAUUUUCGUCGUAACGCUGAAUUGUCGAAUUAUAAGACUGGUUUCGAAGUAUCGUUUCGAGCAAUACUCAUGUAGUCGUAUUUUGUGAAGCAAUCAUCCGGUAGGUUUUAUAGGAAACUUCGUUGCCGUGAUGAGGCUUUAUUUGAUAAUUUUGUGUAUAACAAUCAUCACUCAUAGUCAUCUACUAAACUUAUAAGACACAUUCCUGAAGCAUUUGUUAUUCAAAUUUAUGUUUAUUUUAAUUGGAUAAUUUUACACACGGAUAUUCAAGCUAUCAGAGUCAACAUAAUAAGCUAAUCUGAUAAGAAAUCUUUAGUUUUAGAACCUUGAUUCGCUCCUGCCUCCUAUUUAAAACAGAAAAAUAAAAAACCUUGCCACAUUGCGGGAAGUCAUCAGCACCUAUUAAAACUAUAUUUAAAUGUAAUUUGUGAAUUGCUGUCGAAGUGUGUUGCUGUAUAUUUCUUUGCUUCCAAAACUAUUUAAAGUGUCUGCACUAGUAAAAAUAUAUUAAUCAAUAAAGUAAGAACUUGAUUUUUUUUCUCUAAACGACAUUUUGACAUUUAAGUUUUCAAUGAAGAAGGAAUGUGGCGGAAAUAGUAGUUUCUUAUUAGUCUGUUUGUUAUAUUGACAUGUAUGUAAUCUUAAUGUUGAUGUAUUGUUUGUUUAUGUUUGUCGAGUAAGUAGUAUUAUGAGUAUUUAUAACCAAUUGACAUUUUAUUACUAGUGUUGUGUAAAAAAAAUUCACUGUUACACCCCAUUACACUUAAAUACAAUUUAAUUUUUGAGGCCAUACAGAUUCUCUCUGUGUUUUGUUGUGUUACAUGAUGUUUAGUUGGAAAGUAAUUGGGACUGAUAAAUAUUUUUAUAUGAUAAUGUAAUGUAUUAGACGUUUUAUUUAAUAUGCUUUCAAUAGGACUAUUAUUUUGCUGUUAAUUUUUAAAUUUCAGAGUGCAGUGAGGAAAAAAAUAAUUUAAGCACUAUCAAUUCAUCACCUCAAUAAUAUUAAUAACAAAUAUAAUACCAUGUAACAUAGUAAGAAUGCAUAUGGCAGUUAUAUAUUUAAUUCGGUAAUUCUAAUAAACACUUAUCAUACAAGAAUAUUAUAAUUUCUGAGCAGUUUUAUUUAUGUAAAAUAAUGUAUUAAAAUCAUGAUGUAAUAUUAUUAAAUAAAGUUCAUACAACACUAA